AUGUUAUCAGAGCAAGUAAACUUCCGAAAUGAGGAGUCUAACUUUUGGAUGGGUUAUGGCAUUGAUCUCUCUAUUCUUCCAUUACCAAGACGAUACAGAGGUGUUUCAUGCAGUGCAGUGUCGCCAAAUGACUCCCUUGUUGUUCUAGGGACUGUUCAAGGGGAUAUUGUUGUAUGGGAUUUGUUAACCUAUCCACCGCGAAUAUUGAGAACCAGUCGUGGAAGAAGUUCUGUUAUCAUUCAGCUCCAGUGGUCUUUGGACUCUUUACAAGUUGUCAGUCUUAAUGAACAUGGAACCAUCAGCAUUUGGUUGCUAGGUGACACCACAUCUGUGCUUUAUGAUGUUAAGGCAUUUGAGCCUGUCGAAAAGGAUCUUGGUUUCAAAUCUUCCACCUUGAUGCCCUUGCUUACUCUUGAAUUGAAUGACCUCUUUUUCACACAAGGUCCUUUUUCAGAAUCCAGAGAUUUGAUAAGCAAGGCCACUGCAAUAGCUUUUCACCCCUCUGUCUCACUUCUUGGAAAGCAAAGCUUUUUGAUGGUAGGUCUAAACAAUGGCAACAUUUUACGACUCAAGUUCAGGAAUUCCCCCUCAAUAAUGUCUGUAGCACAAGUUCAGCCCCUUAAUGGUUCAUCUCAUAAGGUUGGGAAUAAUAUUGAAGCAGAAUUAUUCAAAUCACAUCACCACCGCAUUGUUCUGAUAAGUUUUGUGAACAGUACUUCUCCCAUGGUAACAGUAGAUGCUAUGGGAUUUAUUAACCUGUGGGAAUAUUCCAGCGAGUCUUUAACAGGAUUUGGCUGGUUUGUUCCAAGUAUCAAGUACAGAUUGAACAUGUCAGAAGUGACUUAUGAACCUGUUCUGGGAGCACAGGAGAAGGUUGAGUUCACAGACGUUCUAAAGGGACCAAGUCGAAAGCACCAACGGCUCAGGUAACAUGGUUGCUACAAUCCUAUCAAGAAAAUAGCUUUACACACAUUAAAGCCAUAUUUAAGUGGAUUGCUUUUUAAAGGCUCCACUCCUAGCCUGAGAUUAUGUCUCCCUUUAGGUCUCUCACGGGAAGAGGGCAUGAUACAUUUCUUUGUCAGAUCACAUGUAAAAAAGCCAGAAUCUGGACUUUUUUCUGAUUGGAUAGGAAACAAUAGGGAUGAUUUGCGCUGUUCCAAUUGGCCAAAAUACAGCCAUCCAUUAGUUGUUGAUUUCAGUCUGCAUUUUUGCUUGCGUAAUGGGCAGUGAAUACACACGUGAGUUCAUUAUAAAUUUCUGCCGGCUCAGUUUUCUUGAAUUUGAAGAAUGCCUAAAUACAAAUUUCAUCCAUUGAAAUAUUUUCCAUCUGAUCAUAUACUAAAAAGUUGCGGUCAAAAAUUCACCGAUCAUUUGAACGCAAUUUGAUACCCGCUACAAGUUACAGAAGCGACAAACGGUUCACUUGUUUUUUCAAAUAAUCAAUUCAUGAAUGGAAUCUUGACCUGGUUUGACUGUAAUUCCUCCUUCAGAAACCUGUGAAUUAUUCUGAGCGAUCUUCGCUUCCACAACACCUUUCAGUUCGUAAAAUGUGGUGCCUCAGCCUAACUUUUUUUUCACUGCUUUUGGCACAGAACGAAGUCAACAAGCUUUGACCAGUAAAUUCUUUAUUAUUUGUAGCUGUUAAAUAAAGGUACAGUAGCUCCAGCUAGCAGUAUUUCGUCACAAAAACAACACAUUUAAAAUUUUUUUUAGGAAGCACCAUCUGAAGAUGGACGUACUUAAAAAUUUCCUUUUCCCUAAAAUUGAUUUCAAAAGAGACAUUAUUCAUGCCAAAAUUUGAUUCCCGUAUGGUAAACUCUUCUUGGCUUAAUAACAUGACAGGUCAUGCAGACGUCAGAUUAUGUAAAUUAGGGGGCGGUUAAUGGCUUUUUAAAUGAAUGUAUCAGGCGUUAUUUUUUUUCCCUCUCGAGCCAAAGAAGCAAAGAAGCAAAAAAAAAUUUAAAAAAUAAUGCCUGAUCUCAGGUUACUCCACUCCUGACACAGCUUCUUUCCUGCAAACAAGCAUGUCCCUUAAAUAGUACCAAUUGUGAGAAAUAAUCAGCAAUGGCAUUUUAAUAAACAUCUAAAAGGUUAAUAGCAUUGCAAAUGUGUAUCCUUGAUCCCCGACUGCUCUUGUGGAUGAAUCUAAAAAUCUCCGAGGACAAUCGUGUUCUUAAACAUGUGAGCACUUUAUCAUCUGAUUUGUCUUUCUUUUAAGGCAAGAGAUGAUGCAAAACCGGCAAAAGGUGCAGAAACAUAUCGACUCUCUUCAUUUGGGGAAACCAUGGAAGACAGUGGAGGUGGAUGAUAAAGUUACCCACAUUUAUGCACCAAAGAUUGUCCCAAAUGCUGGCGCCCCCUUUCAUUGUAUUACUUACUAUGCUGACUCAGGAGUAUUAGCACUUUAUGCCACACAGCUGUUCAAGCCUGUUGAUAGCCCAUGUUCAAGGUUUGUCUCUUGCAAGACAAACUUGAAUGGAACUAAGCUUGUUUUCAUGCUUCUGUUUCCGAAAGUGGAUCCAGCUGAGGCCCAUGUGUCAUUUGUGAUCAUUGAUUUGGAUCCCACAGUGACAGUCGAUAAGAAUUGCAUACAGAUUACUGUUGACAGGAGUGACUAUGUAAGGUGCUUGUGUAACAAUGCAUGCUCCUUUGGGCUCUCACGGCAUAUCUAUGUUACAGGAAGUGAAUACAUUGUGGCAAAUUUAAAUGGCAAUCUGAAAGCAGUUUCCUUGACAACAGGAAAUAUGGUCAUGGCAGAUUCCCAGCCUGGAUGGGUGGGGUGCCAUCUUAAUUUAAAGAAAGGUCAGAUAUCACCUACAUCAAACCUGCAAGUGGCUAGCACAUGCAAAGGAUUACAGAUAUUGCUGUAUGCACAGUGGCAAAAUUCUGCAAUCUUAUUACACUUGAAUGAUGGAAACUCGCGAGAAAAGAUAUUGAAAACCUUCAGAGCCUUUCAAAAGUGGACUCAUAGCAUAGACAGAGACGGUGAAAUGAAAGUGUCUAUGCUACAGUCAGUAAGACGACUCUGUUGGACUUUGGAUGGGCAUUUGGAUGUACAUGUUGAGUGCUUUAUGGAGUCACUGGUGAGAGAGCUAAUUGACAGUGCUAUCCAAUCUGUUGAUGGUGCUUUCACUGAGGAUCAAAGACAGACUUUUCAUACCGAAAACAUGGAGAUACCCUUUUUAAGGAGGAUAUCUCAACCUGUAGAGGACAAAGAAGAAGGAAGGGUGUCUGACUAUAAUUCUGAACUGUUAUCUUGAAUCUGGCCACUAGGAGAAAGUGGAUAUGAGUUUUUCCUUGUAACAACCUGUUAGGGAGAAAUUUCAAGACUCUCUGAUCUGCGGUCAAAGCUUUAGCCUCCCACGCCGAUAUUCCUAGGGCUUCAUCAUGCGUUCCUUCACCACGCAAGAACGCGUGAU